AUGAAGAGCACUUCCGGAUAUUGUUUCAGUUUAGGCUCAGGAGUUUUUUCAUGGUGCACAAAGAAGCAGGAGACAGUAGCACAAUCCACUGCAGAAUCUGAAUUCAUAGCAGCAACAGCAGCUGUAAAUCAAGUUUUGUGGCUGAAAAAGAUCUUAUGUGAUUUACACCUCCAACAGAAUCACAAGACAGAAGUGUUUAUCGACAACCAGGCAGCAAUUGCGAUUUCAAAGGAUCCAGUGUGUCAUGGCAAGACUAAACAUUUUAACAUCAAGCUCUACUUCUUAAGAGAGAUGCAGCAAAAUGGAGAAAUAACUUUGGUUUAUUGCAGGUCAGAAGAUCAAUUGGCAGAUUUGUUUACAAAGCCACUUCCUGUCAGCAAUUUUUUCUUGACCACUUCUUGCCAUAUAUUUAAUUCUCUUGAACUGACUAGUGUGAUCUCUACAAUUAGAGUUGUUCGUACGAAUGAACACAAGAAAGUGGUCCCAAUAUCACUGUUUGUUGCUGUUCUGUGCCUUUGCUUGGUCAUUGGUCACUUGCUUGAAGAAAAUCGAUGGGUUAAUGAGUCCAUUGUAGCCAUUUUAGUUGGAUGCAUAGCUGGAAGCAUACUCUUAUUAGUCACCAAAGGAAAAAGUUCCCACAUUCUUACCUUUGAUGAAGAACUCUUCUUUAUAUAUCUCCUUCCUCCCAUAAUCUUCAAUGCUGGAUUCCAGGUGAAAAAGAAACAAUUCUUCCAUAACUUCUUAACCAUCAUGAUGUUUGGAGUGAUUGGUGUUUUUAUUUCGACUUCUAUUAUUACGGGCGGCAGUUGGUGGCUGUUUCCUAAGUUGAACUUCCUCGGCUUGAGUGCCCGGGAUUACCUCGCUAUAGGAACAAUUUUCUCAUCAACAGACACAGUUUGUACACUGCAGGUGCUGCAUCAAGAUGAAACUCCUUUACUAUACAGCAUAGUGUUUGGGGAAGGAGUGGUGAAUGAUGCAACAUCAGUUGUUCUCUUCAAUGCUGUUCAAAAGCUUGAUGUUUCCAGACUCGGUGGCAGGGCAUUCCGCGUUCUCGGAGAUUUCUUGUAUCUCUUCUCAUCAAGCACUGCUCUUGGAGUAUUAACCGGACUACUCACAGCAUAUAUCUUGAAAGGCUUAAGUUUUGGAAGACAUUCAAGUGUUCGCGAAAUUUCAUUGAUGAUGUUAAUGGCAUACCUAUCUUACAUGUUGGCCGAGCUACUUGAAUUAAGUGGAAUCCUCACUGUUUUCUUUUGUGGGAUACUAAUGUCACAUUAUGCAUGGCAUAACGUAACUGAAAUUUCAAGAAUCACAACCAGGCAUGUGUUUGCGACAAUAUCGUUUAUUGCAGAAACUUUCAUAUUUCUUUACGUGGGAAUGGAUGCACUUGACAUUGAAAAGUGGAGAAUGACCAAAUUAAGUUCCGGAAGUUUGAUGGGAAUUUACGGUUGCUUAAUCUUACUGAUAUUAGUUGGGCGUGCUGCAUUCGUCUUCCCGCUCUCGGCUUUUGCCAAUUCCAUGAUGAGUAGGCGCGCCGAGAGCGGGUCAAGUAUCACAUUCAAACAUCAGAUAAUUAUUUGGUGGGCUGGUCUAAUGAGGGGAGCAGUCUCAAUUGCUCUUGCUUUCAAACAGUUCACAUUCUCUGGUGUUACCUCUGAUCCCGUGAAUGCAACUAUGAUUACCAACACUAUUAUUGUUGUUCUUUUCACCACAUUAGUGUUUGGUUUUCUAACAAAACCACUGAUUAGAUACAUGCUUCCCCACAACAAUGGAACAAGAAGAAACACAAACCAUGAAGCAGCAGGGACACCUGGUGAGGACUUGAACUUACCUUUGUUGUCUUUUGAAGAGUCAGCAGCAACAAACAUAAGCCGUGCAAAGGAAAGUCUUUCCAUGUUCAUAGGGUCUCCAGCGUACACCAUACAUCACUAUUGGAGAAAGUUUGAUGAUGCAUAUAUGAGGCCUCUGUUUGGUGGACCCCACCAUAACAGGUCGCGGUGCUAG